CGCUCUUUCACUCCUUUCUUUAACGUCAACUUGCGAUUCUGUUUGCGUCGCACUGCUGGAUUAUUAAUUCUUCAAAUUAUAUUGUUAAAAAAACAUCGAGUGCUAGAAAAUGUCGCAUAUGGUGAAAAUGGAAAAUGGUCAAAGUCAAACUAUUCAAGAGAUGUUAGGGUGCAUUGAACGGUACAACCCGGAUCACCUUAAAACGCUGGAAGCUUAUGUCGAAGAUCAAGCUAAAAAUAAUACCUACGAUUUGGAGGCAAAUCUGGCAGUGCUCAAACUAUAUCAGUUCAACCCACAUAUGCUUAACUUCGACAUCACAUAUACAAUACUGCUGAAGUGUUUGACAAACCUGCCGCAUACAGAUUUUGUUAUGGCAAAAUGUUUAUUAUUGCCACAACAAAUGAAGGACGGGACCGUGCAGACCAUAAUUGAUUUGGCCGACAUAUUAGAGCGCACAGAUUUUACAUUGUUUUGGCAGCGUGCUGAAGUAAACCGAUCCAUGUUUCGUCAUAUUUCUGGUUUCCAUGAUUCCAUACGUAAAUUCGUAUGCCACGUUGUGGGAAUAACUUUCCAAACUAUCAGGAAGGAUUUGCUGAAGGAACUCUUAGGAGGAAUUGAAGAUUCGACGCUUGAUCAGUGGAUUAAGAAAUAUGGCUGGAAACAUCAAGGAAAUUUAAUUGUCAUCGCUGUUCAAGAUGAGAAAAUUAAGACGAAAAACAUAACUGAAAAGAUUGAGUUUGAUAACUUGGGUGGUUUAAUGGCUCAAUGCUUGUAAUUACUUAAAUUUAAUUUUCUUUCUAUUUAUGUAUGUAAUUGUACUUCAUGAGAACGAAAUAUAAAGUAAAAUUUGUAAGAAAGUGA